CCGGCACCGGGAGCUGUGUGGUGCUCGUAGGGUUGCGUGCGAGCGAACGCCCGAAGGUCCGUCUGCUGCGCCCGCGUAGGAUGAGCCCCGAGCCGCUGUGAACAGCCGACAUGAGGCCAACGCCAGACCGGCUACCGCUCGCCAGCCUGCUGCUCCUGCUCGUGACGUCACUUCCCGCCGGCGUGACAUUGGUGCUGAAUGACGUCACGGCGCCGUCGUACAUCGUGCGGGGCCACUCGGGCCACCUGCGCUGCGACUAUGACGCUGCCGGCCGGCCUAUCUACGCAGUCAAGUGGUACAAGGACCAGGUGGAGUUCUAUCGAUACAAGCCGGACGCCCCCGAGCCGAUCGCCACGUUCGCCUCCAAAGGAUUCGUCGUCAAUGUGGCCCGGUCCAACGAGCACGACCUUUACCUGUCGCAAGUGGACCUGGACGCCGCCGGCUGGUACAAGUGUGAGGUGACAUCGGGCGCUCCCCUGUUCUGGACCGUGGAGAAGCGCAAGAAGGUCCAGGUCGUCGAUAUGCCGGAUGACUUGCCCUCCAUCAAAGGCCACGAGUCCAGCUACAGGGUUGGUGACGUGAUGAAACUCAAUUGUUCGUCAUAUCGCUCGUACCCGCCUGUCAAGCUGCACUGGUACGUCAACGAGGAGCCGGUCGCCUGGACGUCUGUGGAGAGCUGGACGAACCCAGAGCCGUUCAGCAUGAGCACAACCUUUUCCCGACUAACGCACACGGUGUCACCAGAUGACUUUAACGACGGUCUGAUGCGCGUCCGGUGCACGGCCAGUAUGAACGGCACCGACUACUGGGAGUCGGCCGAGAUCGCUGUGUCCCGCGUCGGCCGCCGCCAGCUCUACAGCCCUCAGACGGCGUCCUCGGCCCGGCCCGUAAGGCUCUCCCCGGGCAGCGCGGGACGGCGGCUGAGCCUAGCGCAGACGUUGCACAUCCUGCUGGCCGUGUUCGUGAUGCUCCUGGCGUGA